AUGUCUCCACCGACCACCUCGAGCCCCAGUGCCUCGGCCCACGACUCGAACCUCAUUGAUCUGCUGUUCACGAGCGCCCUUGACGGCGAGUACGUGCGCGACCAGAUCGCCGGCACGUACAAGGCCUAUGACCCUGCCCAAGACAAGGACGCGGCACCUGCACCUGCGGACAACAAGGCUGGUCUUGAUGCCACCCUGGUGGUGGAGCUGAAGCGUCGCGAACUCGAGGCUAUCAAGACCGGCCGAGGGUGGCGACAUCGCCGGCGCCAUCACCGCGCUGAUCUGAACAGCGCAAUCAAGCACGGCACCGGCGAGAUCCUGGGCCAAGCAUUCACGCAGAAGGCUGUGAUUCUCAGAGCGCGCGGCGACCAGGAUGGCGCCUUUUACAACUUCUCGCAAGGCGCCAAGCACGGCAAUGAGGUUGCCAGGAUGGCUGCUGCCAAGGAGAACCCGUACGCAAAGCUCUGUGGAAAGAUUCCGCAAGGCAUGUCGCCGCUAUCGCCCUGGACUGCCUGCACGCUGGUCCUUGCAGCACCCACACAGGCAAGACCAAACCUGAUUGUGUUUGGUGACUCGCUCUCUGACAACGGAAACACUGGCCGCUUGCUGAACAGCAACGAGUAUUGGAAUGGCCGCUUUACAAACUCGUACGUGUGGAACGAGUAUGCUGCUGAUAUUCUUGGCAUGAACCUCGCCAACCAUGCAUAUGGCUCUGCCUCUUCAAACAACGCCUUCUCGCCAUCUACGGAGAACGGCACAGUGAUCCCUAGCUUGGCUGACCAGGUGUCAUCCUACCUUGGAUUCCAGCUCGUCAUGAAGCCUGCUGUAUACUGGGUGAAUCUGCAGCUGAAGAGGGCACUCAGAUCUUCAGGCUACAGCGGCGUCCGCAUUCUUGACCUCCACCGGCUGGUCAGCAAUGCGCUAGACCAAAAGUUCGUCGCUGCAAUCAAUGUCACAAACACCAACACUGAGUGCUAUAAGCGAAAUGGUACAAGCAUGGGCCCACUCAGUGUUUGUGGCGACCCAGACAGCCACUUUUUCUACGACAACAAGCACCCGGCAUCCCGUAUUCACUACACAUGGGGAGUCAUGGCUGCUGCCUUGAUGCGUAGCCCGAGCCAGGACAUGGACAUUGACUCGAUGCUGGAGCUAACCAAAAAGUUCAACAUUGGCCAGAGCAGCAGCGCAAACAACAUACUGGCUGAUUAG